GCUAGCGGGCGCCGAGCGGGAGCCGCGCGGGAGCGGCGCAGCGACGGCGGCGGCAGUGGCGGUGGCGGUUGCAGCUCGGAGCCGUUGAGACGCCUCUGCGGCAGCUGGUGGCGCAGGUGGCCGGCGUGGACGUGGGCAGAGGCGGCCAGCGCGCCCCCACGGCCCCAGCGUCGCCGCCCCGCAGGCGCGUCGCGACACCCCGAGGCAUCCUCCCCCGCCCGCGGGCCCGCCAGUCGCAGCUCGCGUCCGCGCUCGCAUCUCCCGAUCGCGGCUGCGCUGCUCCCCCUCCUGGUCUUGGGACUCCCGGCGUCGCCCCUCAAACAUGACUCGCGAUUUCAAACCUGGAGACCUCAUCUUCGCCAAGAUGAAAGGUUACCCUCAUUGGCCGGCUCGAGUAGAUGAAGUUCCUGAUGGAGCAGUGAAACCACCCACAAACAAACUACCCAUUUUCUUUUUUGGAACCCAUGAGACUGCUUUUUUAGGACCAAAGGACAUCUUUCCUUACUCAGAAAAUAAGGAAAAGUAUGGCAAACCAAAUAAACGAAAAGGUUUUAAUGAAGGAUUAUGGGAGAUAGAUAACAAUCCGAAAGUGAAAUUUUCAAGUCAACAGGCAUCAACUAAACAAUCAAAUGCAUCAUCUGAUGUUGAAGUUGAAGAAAAAGAAACUAGUGUUUCAAAGGAAGAUACUGAUCAUGAAGAAAAAGCCAGCAAUGAAGAUGUGACUAAAGCAGUUGACAUAACCACUCCCAAAGCUGCCAGGCGAGGAAGAAAGAGAAAGGCUGAAAAACAAGUGGACACUGAAGAAGCAGGAAUGGUGGCUGCAGCAACAGCUUCUGCUAACUUGAAAGCAAGUCCUAAGAGAGGACGACCUGCAGCUACUGAAGUCAAGAUUCCAAAACCAAGAGGCAGACCUAAAGUGGUAAAACAGCCUUGUGCUUCAGAGAGUGACAUGGUUAUCGAUGAAGACAAAGGGAAAAAAAAGGGGCCAGAGGAAAAGCAACCUAAAAAGCAGCUUAAAAAGGAAGAAGAAGGUCAAAAGGAAGAGGAUAAGCCAAGAAAAGAACCAGAUAAGAAAGAAGGGAAGAAAGAAGUGGACUCUAAACGGAAAAAUUUAGCUAAACCAGGGGUUACAUCAACCUCUGAUUCCGAAGAUGAAGAUGAUCAAGAAGGUGAAAAGAAGAGGAAGGGUGGAAGAAACUUCCAGAGUGCUCACAGGAGGAACAUGCUGAAAGGCCAACAUGAGAAAGAAGCCGCAGAACGGAAACGCAAGCAAGAGGAACAAAUGGAAACUGAGCAGCAGAAUAAAGAUGAAGGAAAGAAGCCAGAAGUUAAGAAAGUGGAGAAGAAGCGAGAAACAUCAAUGGAUUCUCGACUUCAAAGGAUACAUGCUGAAAUUAAAAAUUCACUCAAAAUUGAUAAUCUAGAUGUGAACAGAUGCAUUGAGGCACUGGAUGAACUUGCUUCACUUCAGGUAACAAUGCAACAAGCUCAGAGACACACAGAGAUGAUCACAACCCUGAAGAAAAUACGGCGGUUCAAAGUUAGUCAAGUUAUCAUGGAAAAGUCCACAAUGUUAUAUAACAAGUUUAAGAAUAUGUUUUUGGUUGGUGAAGGGGAUUCGGUCAUCACUCAAGUGCUGAACAAAUCUCUUGCUGAACAAAGACAGCAUGAGGAAGCAAAUAAAACCAAAGACCAAGGAAAGAAAGGGCCAAACAAAAAGCUAGAAAAAGAACAAACCGGUUCAAAGACCUUAAAUGGAGGAUCUGACACUCAGGACAGUAGUCCUCCACAACACAAUGGUGACAGCAAUGAAGACAGCAAGGACAGCCAUGAGGCCAGCAGUAAGAAAAAGUCCCCGGGAGAAGAGAGAGACACGGAGCUAUCUCUGAAGGAAUCACCACUAGAUAACUAGGUUGGCGGACAUUGGGUGUAAAGAUUAUGUGAAGUCUGUUGUGAGUGGCUUCAUUUGAAAUCCUUGGGCUGCUGAAAGGAUUAAAUUUUUAUAAGCAUAGGUUUUGAUGUUUAAGUAGUUUGGGGGAAGAAAAUCCCUUUAUGUUUGUGUAAAACUAAAACUUAGUGCUCAUUUUCCGUGUGCAGUAUUAACAGCUCCAUCAUCUAGUUCAAAUGUGAGGGAACCCUACUUAGAAAGGUUCACCCACUUUAUAGACAUGACUAGGGUUGGGGAUUUAGCUCAGUGGUAGAGUGCUUUCCUAGCAAGCGCAA